AUGGGAUUAAGUCAUUCUUCAGUUUAUCAUUCUUCUCAUGUGAGAAGUGUAUCGACAUCUGGACCAGUUAUUGUCGAACCAUAUUCAGACCUAUACCCGCGUUUGGAUAUAUAUGAUUUCUAUGGCGAUGAAAUAUACAGACCACAAUUCGAUUUGUUGGUUCAAAGUUAUCAAGUGAUCUAUGAUCGUCCUUACGAAGAUAUGCGAUCAUUUUACCAGAUUGCUGGUAUUCAUGGACUACCUUAUACAACCUAUGACGGAGUUACUGGUGGUGUACAUGAAUACAAUAAUCAGACAGAUUGGGCAAAAGGUCGUUGGGGUGGAUAUUGUCACCAUGGAGAUAUUUUAUUUCCAUCAUGGCAUAGGCCAUAUUUACUUUUGAUUGAAUCUCUUUUAGUUAAUGAAGCUAAAAAAAUUGCUUCACAAUAUCCCGAUAAUGAGAAAGAAAAGUAUGUUGAAGCAGCAAAACAACUUCGUCAUCCCUAUUGGGAUUGGGGUGACGAAAAGGCAAUGAAAGGUAUUCCGGAAAUAUUUAUAACAUCUGAAAUUGAAAUAAAUACUCCAAAAGGCAAGAAAAAGGUUAAAAAUCCAUUAAAAAGUUUUACUUUACCUGUUGAUGUUUCAUAUCCACUUGGAAAAGGUCAAAAUCCAACUGAUAAACCAAAUUAUAAUGUUCCGAACCUAACAUAUAAUCCAUUUACACCUGCCGGUUAUCCUACAAUUAGGCAUCCUAAUGCUGAUUAUGAAGAUCAAUAUAAUUUAUUAAAUUCUAACUUGUCAGUACAUGUUCCUACAGUAUUUAGACCCGGACUUUAUCAAAUGUUUCAUAUUAGAGAUUUCCUACGCUUUAGCCACCAUGGUGUAAAACCAGGUGGUGCACAAAUGGGAAAUGUAUUCUCGGGGCAUCCGCCUCCUUCAGCGACUGGAAUUGGACAUUUUGCGUCUCUAGAGAUAGUUCAUGAUGAUCUUCAUUUAGCAACUGGUGGUAUUGGAGGUCAUAUGGCUUAUAUAGAUCUAGCUGGAUUUGACCCACUAUUCUUUUUCCAUCACGUCAACGUUGAUCGUCUUUUUGCACUUUGGCAAGGAGUAUAUCCUGAUAGUUGGAUUCCAAAAAUUACUGAACUCAACGGAACUUAUACAGAUGAAAUAGACAAAGUAGUAGAUGAAAAUACCGAUCUAACACCAUUUCGAAAGACAAAAACAGAAUUCUGGAAAUCUUCAGAUGUUCGAGAUAUAGAAAAACUUGGGUACACUUAUCUUGAAGUGGCAAAGUUUAAAAGUCAAGAUCCCAAAAAAUUGCAAGCUUAUCUUCUUGAAAUUUAUAAGCCUGAUCCUCAUUGUGGACGAAGAUUUUUCGUAAAGUUGACUAUCGAAGCGGGUAAAUUAGCUGGGCCAUACUCUAUUAGAGUAUUUAUAGAUUUGCCUGAUGCGAAUGCUCAAACACCAGUAACCUCACCUCAUUUUUCUGGGUUCGUUGCCAUGUGGCAAAGUAAUAGUCAUACUCAUAAUAAUACUUUUGUCGUGGGAUCUGUCGAUAUUACGGCAGCUAUGGUACGAUUGAAUUUACGAACUGAAACUUUCGAAGCUCUUCAAGAUGUUAAUGUUACGACAGGCUUGUUAAGUUCACUUGCAAUUUUUGAUGUUAAUAAGGAUAUCAACAUAGUUCCUGUAACGCUAGAUGGAAAGGGUGUUAGUCCUAAAGAUGCUGGUGUUAGUAAGGUUGAAGUUUUCACGUUCGAACACGAUAAAGAGAACCCAAAUUUCUUAGUCGAAAACUCGGGUCAAUAUUAUGGCUCUAAAAAAUUUUAA